UUGGUUCCCCUGCUGAGAUCCCAGGGGGUAGGGCAUAUAGCACAGUUGAGCAACAUUCUCUGUUCCAACGCUGAGAGAAAGUGCACUCAACAGUACCCCUUCAAGAGCGUUGCCGAAUUCAUCGAAAGCUCGCAGUGAUUAACCAGGCGGGGUGAGAGUAGCGUAUACGGAUUCAUUAAACAUCUA